GAAUUUUGACCUAGUCUUCUUCUUCUUCAAUAGUUCUUCACUCUUCAAACGGCAAACGUCUCACUCUCACGAUCUUCACCAUUCACCAAUUACCUCAGGGAGACGGAAGCACGGCUCAUUCUCCGUCCAUCGGUCUAGCCGUCAUCCAGCCUCCGGCUCUAGGUCUUGAUUCCCAAACAGUUGGAGACAUUUUGGAUCUGAAAAUACUAUGGAGUGUGUUGUUCAAGGAAUCAUAGAGACGCAGCAUGUUGAGGCCCUUGCGAUUCUACUGCAAGGUCUAUGUGGAGUUAAUAAAGAACGCUUAGGGAUCCAUGAACUAUGUCUAAGAAGUAGUCCAAAUCUCGGGUCUGUAUCGUCAGAGGUACGACUAUUGUGUGAUCUGGAACAGCCUGAACCAACAUGGACCAUACGACACAUUGGGGGUGCAAUGAGAGGUGCCGGAGCUGACCAAAUCUCAGUUCUUGUUAGAACAGUGGUAGAAAGCAAAGCAAGCAAGACUGUGCUUAGAAUGUUUUAUGCUCUGGGAUACAAGCUAGACCAUGAAUUGUUGAGGGUUGGAUUUUCCUUCCAUAUCCUAAGGGGAGCUCAGAUAACUAUCACUGUUUCCUCAGUUAAUAAAAUGCUGAAAUUGCAUGCAACUGAUGAAGCGGUUCCUGUCACACCCGGGAUACAGCUAGUUGAAGUGACUGCCCCAGCAUCACCCGAAAAUUACAGUGAGGUUGCCGCAGCUGUAUCAUCAUUUUGUGAAUAUCUUGCACCACUGUUAUACUUGUCAAAACCUGGUGCUUCAACUGGAGUUGUCCCUACUGCUGCUGCGGCUGCUGCGUCUCUAAUGUCUGAUGGUGGAGGUACUACAUUGUCGUAGGAUCAAGAGAAUCUCUGAGAAGUUGAUGGUCAGCAGUUGGUCAUUUCAAACUGAAGUAUUAGAGCCUUAGGUAGGUUUCUCUUCUUGUUUUGUUAAAGAAUUUAGAUAUAAGCAUGGAUUAUAUUUCACCUGAGUAUAUACCUGGACAAACAAAUUAUGAAAAUCAUCAUGUAAAAACUUCUUCUACCAAUGCUGGUUAGUCUUACAAAGGACCUCACUAGUUCCGUAUCCAAAUUAAUUAACUAACUAAAUGUUUUAUCUUUUCCAGUUCAUUCUUAAUGUUGGAUUUGCUUUUAUUCA